GCGAGUAGCGGAAGGAGUGGGAGGGCUCGUCGGUGUUUGGAAACACAAGAAAGCAGAGAAGGGAGAGCCACGCCGCCCACCAAACAAGCCGGAGCGCGCACCAACAAUUCCCCGAGCGCCGCUGUUGCCCAGUUUAAAUGCACGGAGGAGCGUGGAGACACACAUCCUCUGACAGACAGAGAGCCAGACAGAGGAACUAACAAAAGAUCCUGUUCAGAUCGUCCAUAGUUGGUCUGAUCGUAUCAUUCGGACCAAGUCAGACCGAGUUCGUUCCAGUCCGGAUGAAGGGCCAUGUGGCUGGCUGACAUCGCUGUGAAGUCGUGGACGGUGGUGGAUCACAAAGCCUCGGAGUCAGCAGUGGUUUAUCUCCCCUCACUUGGAGCUGCAGGACCUUUCUUUUAGAUCCGUCUGAUUGAGUUGCCGGUGAAUAUACCUUUUCCAAAAAUGGAGACACUUUCCCAGGAUUCAAUUCUGGAGUGCCAGAUUUGCUUUAACUACUACAGCCCCCGGCGGCGGCCCAAGCUCCUGGACUGCCGACACACAUGCUGCUCUGUGUGCUUGACGCAAAUGCGCAGCAGCCAGAAGGAGAUCCGCUGCCCCUGGUGCCGCGGCGUCACCAAACUCCCCCCGGGCCUGUCCGUGUCCCAGCUGCCGGACGACCCGGACAUCAUCACCGUCAUCGCCAUCCCCCACGCCUCCGAGCACACGCCCGUCUUCAUCCGCCUCCCCAGCAACGGCUGCUACAUGCUGCCUCUGCCCCUCGCCAAGGAGCGGGCGCUCGGGCUGCCGGGGGAGCUGGGGUGCCGCUUCCUGCCCGGCAGCCAGCAGAAGGGGGUGACGGUGGUGACCAUGCCCGAGCAGCAGCCCCUGGGCUUGGCCAUGGGGCUGGAGGGCGUGGGGCUGGAGGGGAGCGAGGGCGAGAGGAGAGUCACCGGUCCGGUGGGAGGAGGAAAGGGCUCCACCUGGUCCGGCGUUUGCACCGUGAUCCUGGUGGCGUGCGUGCUGCUCUUCCUCCUCGGCAUCGUCCUGCACAACAUGUCCUGCAUCUCCAAACGCUUCACUGUCAUCUCCUGCGGCUGAGGGAGGCUUCCCCGGACUGCCGCGGACCUCCCCCUCCCCUCCACCAACACCAACACCACCGGCCCUGCCUCUCCCCGGGACAGGACUCGGCUGAGGAGAGGGGACUAAACUCGCAUCAUGGGCAUUCAAGGAAACUACAGAGCAAACGUGGACGGACGCCGUUAAGAGGGCAGGAAGGAGAUCCGCAAACUGGUCUGCUAACGCGUCUCUUUUUUAAUUUGGGAGACUGAAAUUAAACGGGAAAACAUACUUUGAAACCUUUCCUCUCAUCAAGCACAGCCUUGAAGCUCCCAUCACUCCCCGGUCCUUCCAUUUUCCCCAGAAAGAACGCUUUGGGAAUCACUCCAGAUAUGAUUUAGACGCGCCAGCUGGCCGACGCCUCUCUCACACUCAGCGGUCGGAUUGCCUGUUUAGUCUGUGGCUUAUAGAAAUACAUCAGUUGUCAUAGUGUUGUUUAGCUGAGUGUUGGCUCAUAGCGUGGCGACUCCAGACACCAGAUUUCUCUGAUGCUACGGCGGAAGAACCGAACGAUCCAGGAAACUCAGCCUUUCAUUUUCUUUUCUUUCUUUUUCGGGGGUGUUUCACAACCUGUUCAUAUCAAACUGUAGCUGUGAUGGUUCCACGUAGUUAAUAAAGGGGUUGUUGUCAAAAAAAAAAACAAAUAAAAACGGAUUGUAAUGUUCAUACAUGCCAGCAUAUUAUACAGCUGAACACAGGUAGUACCGAGUGGCUUUAUUAGGGCUUUAAAUGUUUGACUUAGUGCCGAAACGUACGGUCGACUGGUUGAAGAGUUAUUAUUUGAUUGUUUAAGUCAUUUGUCGAGAAAAAAAAUAUGUUUAAUGGUUCCUGUUUUUCUUUUUUAUAACAUUGUGACAUGAAUAUCUUUGUAUUUGAGCCAUUCAGUUGCUCUCUUGUUUUUCUUCUGGUAAUAAAAAUGUCAAAGGCUUUCUGAUGAAUACUAGAACUGGUAAUACAUUUAAAACGUAGAGUGUACUUGCCUUGUUUCACUGACUUAUAUGAGAAGAUCUUCAUAUCUGUCUGUUAGCUGGGUCAGCCUAGCUUAGCAUGAACUGGAAGCAGUGGGAAAGGUCUGUCUUCAAACAUUUAAAAACAAAAGAAAACGCACAAACUGGAACUUUUUAAACCAAACUAUUAACAUUUUAUAACUAGUUGUUUGACUUUUAUCAAAGACGUUCUUGAUGCUUUACUGUUCAAGUCUAGUUUAAAGAUUUCUUCAUUACUUUUGCCAGGCUAGCUGUUUCCCUCCGUUUCCAGGCUCUGUGCUAAGCUAAGCUAAGCUGAUAGCCUUCCGCCAGUAAGCCAAAAAAAAUAAAUAGUUAACAUGUUCCUUCAAAUAAAACUAAUGCAAAAUUCAUCAGGUUUCACCAGGAGAGUGUUCUUGUCCACACACACACACACACACACACACAUUAUCAACCCCUCAUCAUCUUAAUCUCUUAAUUCAGAAACUGGUGGAUGUAUGGGCUCCACUGUGCAGCCGUGUGUGUUUAUGUGUGUGAGUAAUGGGUCGGUAAGGGGUCAGGAGUGGGCGUUUGCUGCAGGGUUCCUGUUAAUGAAGCCUGUAUCGAUUUAUUUGCUUUUGAAUAUCCCUCUGCAGAGAUGGAUUCUGUUUUUGUUAUAUGUCGAGGGUAGCGUCUGUUUGCUGUGAAGAGAUGUUGUGUACAGCACACACAAACAGGGUGAUUUUUUUCUUUUUCUUUUUUAAAGCUGCCUCGACAUGUACAGGAUGAUUGUAAUUUUAUUUUUCUGCUAAUUUUACUAAAGUUAUGUUCUAGUUCAUCAGUAUUAGAGGAAACAUGUCAUUUUGAGCAUUUAGCUUAUAAAGAACGAUAUAGUGUGCCAAAACAUUAUUGAUAAAUACAUAUAAACAUAAAUUUAGACUUAUUUAAUGCAUUUGUGUUGUCAUUUUUCAGGAGGAAAUUAUUGUUUUACCAAGACAACAAAGUUUUCUGACCCAUUUAAACUGAAGGGAGUUGCAGAAUUUAAUUGAUUAAGAAAUAAUAAUCUUUUGGAAGUCGGGCGACGGCAGAUCCAUUGAGACGUGGAGUUAACUUCAUCUAAACCGGCUGCUGUGAGGCUGUACUUGAAAGCCCCUUUGAAAUUCGGUGUAGCUUUGCUGAAAUAUUUUUAGCUCCGAGCCCUCGACUCUUUGUGGCUCUAAAGAAACUUUCUCAGCAGCACUCGAGGCUGAAUUAUUAUUAUUACAAUUAUUUUUUUUAUUUGCAUGACUUCCUCCCCCCCUGAGAUAAAUCAGACUUAAAGGGAAUCCCAGUUCACAAGUACGAUUAAACUAUUCUUAUUAUAAAUUGAAAAUAACAGUUUUAUAUCUCAUAAUUGGAUAAUAGAGCAACUUUAAGGUCGGCAGGUAGAGAUGCGGUGUUCAAAUAAUCUUGAUUAAUUGGCUGUUACUGAUGCAUAAAACAUAUUAAUAAUUAAUGAUUUGUUAACACAAAUACUAUGUUGAUUUGUUGCAACAAAUCCUUAUAAGCUCUAUAUAGCACAUUACAGCUAGAAGCAGAGCGCAUUUAGCUGUACAUUAAUCCAGUUUAUAUCUGCUUAAAUAAUGUAACAUUUCACCAUUUUCUCUUGUUAUUACACACAAUCCAAUCUCGUUUCUCUGCAUUGGCAUCUACAGUAACACAGAAAGGGGUGAGUAGAUUCUUUAACACCGUCUGCUACAUAAUGUCCAAAGUUUCUUUGUGCAAAAAAGGCAAAUCCUCAUUACGUUAUUAAAUGAGAGUCGGAUUAAGCUAGCACUACUUUCUACCAAAAAAUAGUCCCCUCCUAAACUGUUCACUGUGGUUAAUAACAAGUGUAAAGAGGGACAGAGUUAAAUUUAGAUUAGAUAGUUAACUGUUGUGCAUAAAUAUCAGAGAAGACAAUGUCUCACAACUGAAACCGACAAAACCAAAACUAUCCUGAUGGUUAAUUCCAAAGCGAUUUGUUAAAUCAGUUUCAACCUGUCCUUAUUCUUUAAACACUGACUCCCAGACGGUAUCCAAGUAGCACAUCAUGGAGCUGGAAUAGUGGUAAAAGAAAGAAGAAGAAAUUACAGUUUGAUCAAAAAAGAAGUUGAUUCUAAUAUGUAAUAAUAAUAUUAUAGAGAUGUGGCUGAAACAUCCAAGUUCUGCCUUGAAGUUUACCAAAAUGAGCCAAGGAGUUAGCAUUUAAUAGCUUAUAAAUUAACUGGAACAAUUAUUAAUGUAGUAUAAAAUCUAUUAAACACAUUAUGAACAUGAUGGUUGGUGUUGGUGAAAGCUUUAAGAUGUGAAGCAACAAGAAGCACCUGAAAAACAACUACAAAAUGAUAAAUGAAUUCACUUGUAGCUGAAAUAAUUUGAUAUACUUUAUAUUUUAGACUUGUCAGGUGCUCUUUGCUUCAGCUGAUCCAUCACUGAUAAGUUGUGCUGCAACAGAAAAUACAGAAAGGUCUUUGCACUGAUGUAAUUUAUACCACAAAUGAUAUUAGAAGAUUGAUUUGAAAGCUGUUAUUUGGAAGAACAUGACAUUUGCUUGUGAUCCUCCUUGUUUUACUAAUAUUCACAAAAGAAAAAUCAUGUUUCUUAACAUCCUAUCUGACUUUUCUGCAUUGAUUGUUUUAUUUGAAAUCAGAAACUGCCCCUUAUAACGUUUUUCAUCUUUCAUUUUUAACAUUAAGAGAGAAGCGUAGAGGGAGGCUUGUCAUUUCUGUGCCUGUGUGUUUGUAACAUGAUGUGAAGUUCCUGUUGUAGUUUCCUGUUGGUGUCAGGUCUGACGACGCAACCAGCAGCUGUUUUUAGUCAACUAUUAAAGCAAAACUCAAAAGGCUGAA